ACCGUGCCUUUCCAGGCUGUUGGUGCUUCCCUCGCCCUCUAGGGGCCGCUGUGCUUCCGGAAAGCAAGCAGGUGGCUUGGUUGCCGCGAGACCGUUGCCUAGCAACCGCUUGUACACCAACCCUCUAGCGUGCUGAACUCUGAUAGACAUGGCGUCCUCCAGCAGCGUCUCCUCCAGCUCUUCCACCGAUGAGUCCUCGGUCUCUGAGUCUUCGGCGUCGCCGGCGCACCUGCCCCCAACGCCGCCGCCGACCUCCACCGCAGUUCUUAAGUCGCCCUUGGAGUCCAAGUCGAGCUCGUCCAGCAAACCGCUCUGGACCUGUUCCGAGGUCAAGCUGCCCUCUGCCGCCUUCUAUGGGCCCCUGGACGCUAAAAACCCGCUCCUGGCCUCUUGUGAGAAGGAGAUCCGGGAGCUGCUGGGUUUUAUGAAGAAGAAGAAGCCUCUAGCUAUCUCGGAGGAACAGAAACACGAAUUCCAUCGGAGGUGUGCCACCACCCUGUUUAAUAUCUGGACCAAAUACGCCCCCAGGCUGCCAGCUAACUAUUACAACGAGAAGCUUCUGAAGGUCGGAGACAGCCUCUGUCAAAUGAAAGAAUACAAGCUGGCUCUUCUGCAGUGCUAUGGGAGGUAUCUCCAGCAAUUCACCACUGAUUUCGAUGAACACAACGAAGAUGUGAAUCAGUUCAAGACUGUCUUUUUCCCAAAAGGCUUCGGGGAUGAGACAGCGGAACUUACGUUCCAUGCUUUGAAUGGCAAAAAUAUUUGCAGCUACAAGCUGGUCUGUGACAGCGAUGCCAACCUGCAGAAUAAGGAGUCCGUGAGCCAGUGUCUGCACAUCUUGUCAUCCUUAAGGCUCAUCAUGCAGGUGGCUCUCCCACAGGAGCACCUGUGCUGGACCAUCUUCAAUGGUACCAUUUACAUUUACACUAUCUGCCGGAAACUGAUGAUCAUUGGGCAGGCCUCCAAGGCCUUAGAAUUCCUGCUGUGGGCCAGCAUGUGCAUGGAGUCCUCUGUCCCACUCCUGUCCGUCAGGUAUCUGACGUGGAGAGCCACUCUCUACACCGCCGUCUGCCAGUGCCACUAUGACUGCCAGGCUGGCAUCCACGGGGAGGCAUUUGCUCGGCGUGGUUUAGCUAAAAUUGAUGAGUUGAGGCAACUGGACUUAAUGAGUUCCUCUGGCUCUCAAGACGAUUCCAGAAGAUACUAUAGAGAAGCCACGAUAAAGAUGGCCGUGAUGAUCUUCAAAAGGGGAGUAUUUGAGUCUAGAAGAAAAAACAAAACAGUGUUUAGACCGAAGAUUAGAAUCAACCUAAAGGAAGCUCAAAGCAUGCUGUGGCCACGGACGGUCACGGAGCGGCUGUUGGAUGAGUUGUUCGAUAGCACCUCGUCCCGGUUUCUGGCUGUCUUGGAAGCUCUCUCCGACUCAAACAGGCGAAUCCUGCAGACUGGACCACUGGUGACGGAUGAAGUGGAGCUCCGCGAUGUUGUCUCAGAGCUGUUUAUGGCUGGGAAAGAACUUUUAAUGUUUUCAAAUGUUGGUACAAACGGAAAGCUUGAUUUCCCAAAAACACAUCUCCUGGAGCAUAUGGUGGAAAGGAAGAAUCUCCUUUCUGUGGGCGCUGCUGUGAAAUUUGCCAAGUUGGCGUUUAAUUACGAAGAAUGGGGCUUAUUUGAGUCACUAGCCGGACAGCUUAUCUACUUUCUCCAGAAGCAGGAUAGCCCUGAGGCAAAAAGAGCAGAGAAGGAUUUAAUUCUUCUGGCUGCGAUAGAGCCACUGAUGAACGCGAAGAGGAGCCGAGGGCUCAUCUUUCCUCUGGAUAACGAUAAGGAAGGACAGUCUGUCCACGUUUAUCUAAAACACAUAGCUUGCCACGAGUCGUGUGUGAGGAGUUGUGCCUACACGGAAGAUAUUUUUAAUUUGGCAGCAAUUCUUCAUUUCUGUGUUUGUGUCCCUUCCAAGGAUGUUCAGCCAGAUAAGGAUAUCGUUGUGGACAUAAUAACAUUUUUAUGGCAGAAGUGCAAGCUAGGAAUUCAAAGGCUCAGCGUAUCCAGAGGCGACUUCCCAAAGUAUUCUUACAAGAUCAGCACUAACAAAUGGGUUUAUCUCCUCUGGCAGAUCAGUGAGGUGAUCCACUGCUAUAAAUUGGAAAAUCUGGACAUUGUGAUGGUGGCAGAGAUCACAUUGCGACUAAGUGAAAUAUUAGAGUCUUUGGGAAGCCUGAAGAGAAAAUUAAAAAAAUCUGAUGAUUUAUCUGCAAAAAGAGGGCCGGAGGAUUUCCCUGGGACUCCAAAAGGGAUCCCAGAAGUCCUUCCAAUAUUAAAGCGAGCACCUGUGGAGCAGCUGUUUUAUGCAUAUGAACUCCUUGAUAAAUCCAUUGCCGGCAUGAACUGGAACCGCAUGUUAAACACUUUGUCAGAUGGAUCAUCCGUAAUCGACCACUGCUAUGUCAAGGACACUCAUGACCUGGAUGGAGAGACUUACAAGCCGAUCUCGGCAAACAGCUUCAUGAUGGACCUGCAUCUUGAAUUAAUUCAAGUUCAGAACCGCAUAGCUGUUGUGCUUCUUGACCAGCUGCAAGCUCUGCAGACUCCAACUGUUAUCAUAAACACUUCCAUGAAAGGUCGGGAAAAAUUACAGGAACCUAAGAGCACCUUGUCUUUCUCAGAGCUAAGUGUAAUGAAUAAAAUAAAGAAGAACAAGCUGUUCCGAGCCAGCUACCUGAUGCAGAAGGCCCUUUUGCUGUUUGAGAAAGACGCACCCUGCACAACUACACAGAGCUUGCUGAUGGAAACGUAUGCCUUAAUUGAGAAGGUUGAAGCAGAACAAAAUGCCCUCUAUUCCUAUCAGAAGUACUUGGAGAGUUCAAAGACGAAGAAGAGCCGAAUCCCUCCCCCACCCAUCCUGCUGGCCCGGACUCACUGCUCUGUGACUCUGAAGCCCGCUCCAUUCAUUUCAGAUGUUAAGGUGUCCUGGUACUGCAUAUUGGGUUGCAAAGCAAAGGGAAGCUACGGAAAAGUCAGACUAAACAACAACCACCUCCCAACCUCAGGAGAAGCGAUACCAGCCGAUGGCAGAAGCUUCUUUGAAAUUAAAGGUUUGGAAACCAAUGAAAAAUAUAUAUUUGCGGUUGCUGCUUUUUCUUCCUAUGGGAAACUCAUUGGCGACGCUGUUGGGGAGACAACAAAACCAAUUCUCAUUUACCCGCCUCUCUCUGCCCUCACCACUCGGAUGUACCUGACACAGGUCGCCUAUCAGAUCGGUAACUAUGAGCUGGCCAAGAAAGUGUUCUCCCCAGUCUGGGAUUAUUUUGUUGCUUCGCCUCUUCAGGAUGAUCAGUCGCUUAUCUGUCUAAACAACAUCAUGACAAUAACACAGAGAAGAUUGCAUUCCGACAUCUUGGCAGAUACUUCUUCGAUCCUCUUAUACCUUUUCCUUAGAAAUAUCUUUGUGAUCAGUGACAUUAAAAUUAAAGAAGAAAAUCUCUACUGUGAUAAUAUUAAAGGCAAUGAGAUUUUCCCUGCCCAACAAGCCGCUAGACUGAAGGAAUGUGAGAACGUGCUGGUGGCGCUGGAGGUCAGCAACUUCCUCAACGAUGCUAACUACGCCCUCCAGGCAGUGACCCAGUGCUAUGGGCUCCUCGCACCCAUCAUUUAUCACAACAUCGUCCUGGUACCCGCCAUCCAGAUCUUGAUAAAAUGUAUUGUGGUUUUGCAAGGCAUGCCAAAUAUUGUUCACUCAAAGAAACACAUUCCAAGCUUUGAAAGUGUCCAGCAUAUGGUAGCUUGCUGCAUCUUCUAUAUGACAAAGAUUCUACGUUCCUGGAAGGAAUAUGACCUGGCAAUAACACUUAUAAAUUAUGGGAAAAAACUGUUGGACAUCACAUCAGGGUGCAAGUCUCUAUUUGGUAUUGGCCAAGAUGAUAAUGGAGAUGAGGGUACUUGUUCUAAGAAAACUUCAAAAACCAGGAAGCCACAGCAGGUGCUGUUGCCUGAAAAGAUAAACGAACAGCUGGCCUUGUUGGAGACACAUCUACUCAAAUUGACAAAGCAAUUUAUCUCAACUGAACUCUCUGGUUCAGAGGACCCAAUCUUCCUUUACCCUGUGGUUUUAAACUGGACGGUGAAAGGCGCCGUGAAGGAAGUCAUGAAAUUUAAGCACAGGCCAAGAUUCCUGGAAUUCUUUACACAAGUUAUGCUCAAGUGCAUGAACGACGAAAAAUUUUACCUCGUGGCGGAGAUAGCCGGCCCUGUUAAUGACUUCUUGAGGAGGCGAAACGAGUCCCUUAUUGGAGUAAAACGGUUAAAAUAUAAGGACAAUGCCUUCUCUAAGAAGUCACCCAAAUCUCCCAAGAAGUAUAAAUCUAUAGUGAUCGAGAUAGGAAGAAGUUCAGAGAUGCUGACGAGAAGAAGAAAGAAGAAAAAGGAAACUCUUAAAGAUUAUUUUUUUAAGAACCCAUCCAUUUUUGAGCUAUCUGACCUGGAAAGAAACAAGAGACCUGAUGUUAAAAAAAUGGCAUAUCGGAGCCUCACAGAUAACUUGAAUCCCUUAAUACUAAAUUAUGUUAAAAGAAAGAGAUUCCAUCAAAUAAUGCUCGAAGAGUUCCCUUGGAGAUCGCAGAUGAACCUGUAUCUGGCGAGUGCUCACUUUCACUUGUUUUUACAAAAGCUGUCCGAGCGCACGAAGAUGAAGGUCUCCUCUUCCCAUUCGAAUGUCAGUUUCCGAUCAUGUGAUCCUAACAUCUUCUCACUAUUCCACUCUGGAGCAGUGUUACCAACAGCCAAGCUCAACCUAGACAGCUACAAAGCAAUGCUGGAUGUCCUUACAGUUUCUAAAAAAAGGAAGCACAACCAGCAUUCAGAUGUUGAAGAUUUUGCUGCAUUUUGGAAUUCCAAAAGUGAAGAUAAUGUUUCCAAGAUAAAAACACAAGUAAUCUAUGAAUCAGAGCCUCAAUUAGGCAGUGGUACUAAUGCUAGAGAGAAGGAUCGAGCACUGAAUUGGGGACUGGAUCAUUUUAUGAAAAUCUUCUCAUGUUGCAAGAGAGCCAUGGUGCUUGCUUACCGUGGUGGCUAUUGGACUCUACUGCAGAACUGCUGCAGGGUCUUCUGGAACUUUUCCUGGGAACUGCAAAUCCUACUGAAGCAGGCUGUGGACAAUUACAAAGCUUUCCCUAUUAGCGAGGAUGCCUUUCUCUGCAUCUGUGUGUUACCCUUCAGCUUGGGCACAGAACUGCUUAUUGACAUGCUAAUAAAGCUGCAGAGCACCAAUUCUAUCAAGUCGGUUGGAGAGAAAGGCGAGUUCAGCAUUCCCAGCUGCUUCGGGAGCAUCAAACACGACAACGGAGGUGCUAGCCUGACUUUUGAGGAUCCUUUGGAUGAUGUCAACGUGGUCGACCUGAAAUGGAUCCACGACUUUGUGUUAAAGUCCCUGGAGGUUUUGUACUACGUGGAGAAGUGGGAAACACUGGUGUCUCUUGCCAUCCAGUUCAACAUCGUUUCACAAGAGAGGUACACAGAGCAAGUGACCCCACUGUUGGUGUAUGCCCAGCGUCAGCUGCUCGUGAGGAUACAAAAGUUCGAUGGCCCCGAUGUCUCCCAACAGGCUUGUGCCAGAUACGAGGCUGAAAAUAGAGAGAAGAUAACCUGCCGAAACUUCAUCGGGAAGCAGUUAAAGAUCGACCCUUCUUCACCCAAGACACUGUCAGAACUAGAAGGCAGUUCUGACCCGCUGAAGAUGCUCCUCUUUUCAGAGUAUAAGCAAGCCAAACAGCUUGUGUGUGUGCCUGUGGAUGUGACAGACACUUUGAGGUGCUUCAGAGAGACCCUGGAGAAGACCAAAUACCAUAACAGAUCAGUCCGACACAGCAGAAAAUUGCUUUUGUUAUUUCUUGCACAGACCCAAGGUGAAAAAGGAGGGAUAAACUCGAGAUUUACCUCAGGGAAGGUGGAAUUUUGCCUGGGAACGGAAGAGAUGCACAUGUCAACACCCCCUGACCUUUCUCAGGAACAUUUCCGAGUUUUCAGUUCCGUGGAGAAAAGCAAACUCCCCUACUCACAGCUGGGGCUGGUCAUUUCUUCCUUUCAUCAAACUAUUGAUGUUCUCCAAGCCAGCAAUCAAAGGAGCCUUAAAGUUCAGUCACUGCAUUCACUUGGAAGUCUCCUCAUCUUCGCAGAGAAGAAAAGGGCGGCUUUUAAAUGUUGGUGUCAAGCUCUUGAUGACAUAUUCAGAAAACCAGAUGUGCUAUACACCUGGAAAGAAUUUGGCAGCUCCCUCGCCAGUGCCACCAACAGAUCUUCCCCUUCUGGUUUCAAGGACUACAGUGAAGAAUUUCUGUCCAAGCUUGGCAUUUGGGGCUGUUUGCAGGGGGCAGUGAUCUCUGCGAAGAUAGCGCAGUUUAUUAAGACCACGAGUGUUAAGAAAAGAAUCAACUGUUGCAUCUUGUCAGCAUUGCUUUUUCAGAGCCUGCUUCGUACUACACUCCCACAUCCCAAAGCCGAGCAUAGCUACGCUCAGUACGAUGUCACCCAGCUCCUCCCGGGCAUCGAACUCUUCUCAGACAAAUUCAGGGCUGACAUCUGCAGUGUCAUUGCAAGCCUGUACUACGUCAUCCGUGAACUGCACUCUGCUCGGUACAACCUCAUGGUUCUGCCUCUCCUUGCAUUGUACCAAUAUUUUGUGUCUGUAAUUUGCCAAGACAUCACUAGAAAUCUAGAAGCAAGACUCCUCAAGAUCGAAAUCCUUAUAGACUUAGGCUUCUUUUCCGAAGCCUUUUAUGAGCUAUCCCAGAUUGUUCUUGGAAAGAACAUGCCGUGUGCCAUACCUGCUGGCUAUAAAACUCCAAUGAAAGUCAAGAUGACUCAGUCAUUUGAUUCUGCGAAACCUCUCAACAGUAAAGACAACCUACAGGCACUUGAAGACUUAAUAAACAAAGGCUUGCCCACCACUCUGGUUUAUCUCGGCCAGCCACAUCUCCUAAGUAAAUUUAAUUUAGUCAAGGCAUACUUCUUCAUAGGUUUGGCUGCGACGAUAAACUGCAUCCCAGAUAAUUCACAGAAAGCACGAUGCCACACAGUAGUCAGCGACAAGAACAAACCCAACCUCCCAAACCCAAAAGAUGGGUCUAUAAAAGAUAAUGAAAGCUCACACUGUCAGCUGUUGAGAUUCAGAGAUGAGCACACUGCUAGCAUGCUAAAGGCAUUUUUACUGGCUGAGGCGGAAGACAGGCUAAACUGCCUGUUGUCUGAAUUGGAGCAUCAGUGCCACAAGCCUCUCAGUCAGUGCUCUGCUAGGGAUCUGGAAAUCAUGGUGGAGGCCAGGCUGCACCUGGCUACAGUUGCCCUGCAGAGAUACCGGGCAGCAUACAGUGCUGCCAUAGUGUAUUCCACACUGAAGCUUCUCCAGGAUUCGAAGCUUUUUAAGAGGACGCCUGACGACCCAUACACUCCCACCUCUCCAGGAAGUUCCGCCUCAGAAAACAAAGAUGAUAAUGAGUUUUUAGACCCCAUUUCCCUGAACUCCCGGGAAUAUUUCAACAUCCACCUUUGGCUGAGGUGCCGCUUGAUGCUUGUAACUGCAUUCGUUGCACAGAUCCAUGGCAUUGGAAUCAUGAAAGAGAAUGACAUGACAGACUGUCUGAGCCUUAUCCACGAAGUAUGCACGGAGGCGAAAAGUGCAGAUGACCCAGAGCUCCUGGCCGAGUUCCUGAUGCAAGCCGUGAUCCUGGGCCUGCAGGAAAAACACUUAAAGGCAGACAUCAUAAGAAACCUUCAGGAAAUCAUUAAUUUGCUGGAAGGCAAUGAGUUCCUUUCUCCUCGAUCUUGGUUAACCCUGGUGAGAAGCCUCCUUCUAAUGGACGACUUAACAAAAGCUGAGAAGUUCAAGCAACAGUCUUCCAAAGAGGAAAAAUUAAUUUUCUUGAAUCAAGCUCACAGAAUUCUUAUCGCACAGAUGCUAACUUUUGGAGAGACAAUUGAAUUUCCUCUCUCAGCUGUUGACUAUGCGAAUCCAUUACAGCCUUUAAAAAAUAUCUACCUUCCUCAUGUCAUGUUACUGGCCAAAAUAAAACUGAGAAUUGGACACACCUUGGCCAAGCAGGUGCAGUCCAAAACCAGAAAGGACAUCACUAAGUGGCUGCCUGCUCUCCACCUCUUUGAGAUGGCCUUGAAGCUCUGCAAGGAAACGGCCACAGAAGAACAGGAGGUGGAGGCUGAGAUCUUGUUUCAGAAAGGCAGAAUAGAGCGUCAAAUGCUGAUGGAAGAUAAAUCUCCAAUUUCACAAGUAGAGAGUUUUUUCGAUGCUAUUCAAAUAAGCCUAAGAAAUGAUCAGAACUCAGGGUUAAUAAGGGAUUCCUACCUAGAACUUGCCCUGGUGUAUUUCCAUCUGAAGAAGCCAAAGAAGAAGCUCUCGGCAACACCAUCAAUGCUCAAGCCUCUUCCCAGAAGGCAUAGUUCUAUUAAGGAGCCAAUAGCAAGUCGAUUUGAGUUGUACAGCUCACUGGCCUGGAUUGCAAUACGAGCUGCUGCACAGGUCAGCGAGUCUGUGCUGGCCCUCAACCUCCUGAUCGGAAAGAAGAAUGCCAGGACCGACAAGGUUAAUCACAUGGCGUUGCCAAACAUCCCAGAGUUUGCCACUGUGGAUCUCUUCUCCUCGUAUACGGAUUAUUUACUUGAAAACUACCAAGUUGCUUUCCAGGCUUGCAAUUCAUUUUUUAACCCAAACGAUGACAUUUAUGACAAUGUAGACUGUAAGAGGAAAACGCAGACCAGAGGAGACAUGUCGUGGGUCCUUCUCAUUCGCUACUACAUCCACCUGCAGAGGAUUAACAACCUGAGCAAGCUGCUAGCAUCUGCAACUCCUGUGUCGGGGAUUUCUUUGCCUGAUGAUAUGCUCUUCACAUCCCUGUACAACUCUGAACUGAUCUUGCGCCAAAAAGAAAUACAUCAUUUCCUGAAACGAUUCUUACAGCUCUACUCCUCCUCAUGCAUUGAUGAGUUUCCAAAGGAGCUUCUUCAAAGUUUGGAAAACCUCGCUCCACUAGAAAAAGUCCUGUUUGAGUCACUGAGCAAGAUUCAUCGGGACAGCUCCGUGCAGUCUGAUUUGUCUUUGAAACUCCCUGGCACCCCAUCUUACACCGAUCUCACGUCAGAAAUGGCUGUGCAAGCUUUAAACAAAGAACUUUGCUUCCAGUGGUAUAUCCCUCCCCUGGACAAGUCUCCGAGCACAGCCACGGAACCUAUGGUUUUAUUGCUGUAUGCAUAUAACCUGAAGCCCCUGAAGAUUACAGACAUUAGAGUACCUACUGGGAACAGCGUGUGUGUUGGCACCUGCUGGCUUGUGUUGAACAGAGUCAUCUCAAUUCAUGAGAAACUAUUUAACCUCACACAAAUAGCUGAGAUAUCAUUACCAUCGGUUCCUGACGUUUCCUCAGGUGAAAAUGUGUAUGAAUCAGUAGAACCCGAAAAUAAACCAGUUGAUACGGACAUGGAAAACAUGAUCCUGGAAUGUUGCUCUGAAAUAACAGCUCUGUUUUCCAACGACAAAGAGCCCAUGCCACUGUCUGAGGUUCCAUUUGAUAUCUCCCUGCCUGCGAUAUUCGAUCUUGAGAGACUCUUUGAUCUCGCAAAUGGUUGUAUCGUGUCAGCAGGAAGCCUUUUCAACUGGGUGGUCUCAAUUAUUCCAUGA